CCUGCGGCUGAGUCAGUCGCGGGAGGGAUGGGAAAGUAGAGGCAACCUGGUGUCCGUGGCGGUAGGGGGGAGGAAGAGGCGGUUCGGGGCGGAAGUGGUUCCGGGUCCCCGCGGCUACGGCUUGCAGCUGCAGCCCCAGCAGCCUCAGAAGCCGUCCGGAUUAGGAAGCGGGAGGAGGCAGCGGCGAAGGAGAAGAAAAAGAAGGAGGAGACGCUGCGGAGCUGGAGGCAGCCGCGGCCUCCCGGGAAUUACCCGCCUGGUUCUCAGGGACUCCACGGCGUAUGGGUGUGGAGAGAUUGGUGCCCUGGGUUUUGUAGGAGACUGUCCUCUCGGUUUUCCUGUCCGGAGGUCUGCGAGUUCCCACCCUUCUACAUUCUCCCGCAGCUCGCUGUACCUGGGGACCGGCUACAUUUUGCACGGCUGCGUUGGCAGCUCGUUGGUGUGCAGGACGAUGUCCUUGUCCCUGGGAGAAUUGUCCAACGUCGAACCUGCAGAUUUAAAAAGUGGAUCGUGGUAUACAUGUCAAAAGAUGGCAAGAUCACGGUCCAGAUCACCUAGGUGGAAACAGAGGUCUUUAUCACCAGAAUUUAGGAAUACUGAACACUAUAGGCAGAGAUAUCCCCAUGGCAAUCAUGACUAUGAAUACAAGGGGUUCAGGAAGGAUCCCAAAAGGACCAUGCCUUGGAGAAUGGACAGUGAGAAAUAUGAACAAAAUGAUUCAAGAAUCUCCUCCCAUGGAAAUGUACAUCAUAGAAUUUAUGAACACAGAUCACCUUCCCCAAGUGUAAGGAGGAAUUCUUUAGAAGAUACUUACAGUUAUAAGCCUCACCGGGGAUAUUCACCAGAAAGGGGAGAUAGUAGUCGAAAAUUUCAUUAUAUUUCCAAAUACUCAGAUACACCAUCCUACAAAGAGCAUGAAUGGCAUUAUUCUUCACAAAAAGUACAAGGAAGAUAUGUGCCUGAUGAUGCCAGAUUUACUGGAGUUGGAAAAGAAAUGAAGCAUUUUCAUAGAUCAGCAGACUCUUUUAAAUUUGAAGGAAAGUGGCACGAAGAUGAGCUGAGGUACCAGAGGAUACAGGAAGACAAAUAUGCUCAGUCACCCCGUAGAGGUCCUGAAGAACUUGUGACAAGGAGCACUUUUCAGAAGAGGUAUCCUGAGGAUGGUGAUUUCAGAGAAUAUGGACAUACAUCAAAAAGAACUAAAGACAUGGAAAGAUACGAAAACAGAGAGCCAUCCAGGAAUUCUAAAUGGAAAUCAGAACACUCUUUUCUGCCUUACCAAGAGAAGAAAGGACAAAGAAGUGUUGAAUCCCAAAUCCAUCGAUUUUCAGAAAGGGAAUACAUAGAGGAGAGUUCGUUAGCAAAGAUAACCUAUAGCUAUCGACACAAACAUUAUAAGCACUCAGAUGGGGAACAGUCCUUUUCUAAUGGAAGAACACAGAAAUACUCCAAGGAAGAAGACAGAAAAUACAAUUCUCCAAAGAGUUCUCUAAAUCGAGAGUUAGGUUAUUUUAGUAGUAGUAGUGGAAGAAUGAGAGAGACUGAAGAAGGGAAUAUUGAUACUUUAAAAUAUCAUAAGAAGGCCUGUCCUUAUAAAAAUGAUACUGACUUGAGACUCUUUAAUAACAAAUUGAAGGAAAGAGUAAAGAAAGACAUUGAUUUGAAAAAAGAGCAUGAUUCUUCUAGUAGCCAGCAUGAUAUGAGUCAUAGACCUCCAGAUAGGAAAUCUUCUAAUGUCAGCCUGAAGAAGAAAUUGCUUACAGUUAAAGUGGAUAUGAAGAAGACAAUAGAUAAAUACAGGUAUUUAUCUUUUUUUGAGAGAGACAUGUCACGUGAUUUGGUUACUGUUGGCAGGAAAAAGGAAAACUUCCAUCCAGUGUUUGAACAUCUUGACUCCACAACACAGAAUGUUGAAAACAAACCAUCGGGAGAAUUUACUCAGGAAAUCAUCACAAUAAUCCACCAAGUUAAAGCAAAUUAUUUUCCAUCUUCUGAUCUUACUCUACAUGAACGUUUCUCAAAAAUGCAAGAUACACAAGUUCCUGAUAUAAAUGAAAUUAAAAUGAAUUCAGAUCCAGAAAUUCACAGAAGAAUUGAUAUGUCUUUAGCAGAACUACAGAAUGAGCGAACUGUGAAGUGUGAACCAGGACAGGCCUUGCUCAGAGUAAUAGAAGAUCCCAAUGAUCUUCGACAUGACAUUGAAAGAAGGAGAAAAGAACGAUUACAGAAUGAAGAUGAACGGUUUUUUCACAUAGGCAGAGCUAUAGGAAGGAAUGAUCAGAACUCCAGUUUUUCAAAAUUUCAGAAUAUUCAUACAGGUGGAUUUCAGAAACCUAUAAGAUUUAUUAAACCAUACUUCAGGAAAUUUAUUAGAAAACCUUACAAGGAUUAUACCUCAAAAACAAAAGACAUUGUUAAUGACAGACCAUUUGGAAUUAGAGACAAUCUUCAAAAACACAGGAUUUUCCCUUUACAGAACAAUUUGAUAGAUGGCAGAUUCCAGCCCCAUUAUAAAUCUGGCCUAGUACUGAAGGGUUUGUAUGUUCAAGCUAAGUACCAGCGCUUACGUUUUACUGGUUCAAAGGGAUUUACCACUAAUAAAUUCAGAGAAGAAUUUCUAAAGAAAGAAAAGGAGUAUAUGGACAUUGCUGCUGAAAUCUAACCUACAAUUUUAACAGCUGGACAUGAACAUUACACAAGAGGAUUUCUGCUUGGUGACGUCUCUUUGUCAGGAGUUAAUAGAGAAUUGGAACUAAUACUGUAACUUUCUUGAUAAAUAACUUUAUUUUUCAGUAGUAGAAUGCUGCAACUUUUUUACAAUUAACAAUUGCAGCAUUCAAUUUGAAAGUUGUAACCGCAGUUCUCUUGAAAAAGCCUCAAGAAUCACUCGAAGGGAAUUUAUUUAUUGAUAACAUUUUCUCUGAGCAUGAGUUUAUGGAUAGAACUUAUUGAGUUGUUAUAUCUAAAAGUUUAUAUGUUGAAAGUUUAUUGCUUAUGUAAUAAAAAAAAAAAAAGAAAAAAACACAGAAAACCUUGAAGUGUUUCUGAAUUGUAUUGGGGGUUUGUACCUGACAAGUUUAAAUUCUACAUUGUAAAUGCAAUAGAAAAACUGGAAAACCAUUUCAAACCUUAAUUGUGGUAGUUGUAUCUAAAAACAUUUACAUUUGCAUAAUAGGUGAAUUUUCCCUUUUCAGAUUUCAGAAUUUCACUGGCAAAAAGAUUUGUAAAAUUUAUAUUAGAUACGUUUUUUCAGAGGUACAUUUGGCAUAUUUUUAAUGCACAGCCUUUGUACAUUAAAAUUUAA